AUGUUGAUCGACGUGAACUUUCUGACAGAGAAUGGAGCUUGGGCGGACAUAAAGGAUUGGGACACUAAUGGCGGCUGGAGGAAGUACCACGCGGGCAAGAGUUUCGACCAAAGCUUCACCAUUACUUUCGAUUAUGUGCUAGCUUAUUCGAACAGUGGAAGUUUUCUCGAAGUCGGUGAUCUUUAUCAUGAUACGCGCACUCUCUCAGCAAGCUGGGAUGGCUGGACAGACGACGAUUCACAGCUUGACCAUUAUGAAUAUGAAGUGUUUAAACUUACCUACGCUGACGGAGUGCUAAAGGAACUGUCUGCCCCUGUGACACAAGGGAAUCUAGAGAAAACGGUCACAUCUGUCGAGACAUCGGUCGACGAGGAUUACAUGUACUCCUUCGUAUUGGUACCGUAUGACGUAGCAGGCAAUUACAUCACAGCAAGGAGAAUCGUCUGGACCGACACGGAUACUGAACCAGAGGCAUUAGUAGGGACGGAGCUUGUUAUAUCCAGUGGAGCAGAUAACACAACCCUGGAAUGGCAACAUGACCUUGAUCAACCAAUGACCUUCACCUUUACGAAUCGCUACAUGAAUGUGCAUCAUCACAACCAACACCUCCUAGCUCCAGUCGAUACCUUUGUGCAGCAGGAUGCAAAAUACGACGACACUGUGGGUGACAGGCACCAUUCUGCCAUUACUAACCACCAAGCUGUUAUUCGGUUUGAGACAGCGUUCAAGGUGGAUCAUGCUGCCGGAUCAUCUAUCACUGAAGUCCCGGCUGACGAUGCCUUCAGUUCUACCAGCGACCUGUUUGCUGACACCCAGGAUCACACCAUUGCCAGAAACGAUGGUGACACGGUCAGAAUGUGGAUAAGAGCUUUUGAUUAUUUCGAACGAUAUGUCGAAGAAGAAAGGAUGAUCCACAUUGACUCGAGUAAGCCAAUCAUCCAGAACUUGUGGUUGUCAAGGGAGGGUGUCACCCAGCUGGCUGUGCAUAGGAUUGAUGAGCUGAACAACAUGACGAUCGAAUUUGAAGCCUAUGAUCUUCACAGUGGCAUAAAGGAGGUAUACUGGAAGGUUUUCGAUAACUACACCAACACUGAUGUCGUCCAUGGCCACCAAAAUAUAGGGCACCAGGGUACCUACGAUACAAUUGAAGCCUGCCAAGCAGCUCAUUCCUCAUCAGCCUGGGGUUCUGAUUGUUACUGUUGCCCAAUUAAAGGUUGCUUCCACCAGGAUUUCCUGAUUGUACCUUCUAUUUCAAACGAUAACGGUCUCUACUCUGACAAGUGGAGGGGCAAUCAUGAUCACGAUUACUACCUCUACAUAAGAGUUGUAAACUGGGCGAAUCUCUGGCAGGAACUGGACUUUCAGAUCACGGUUGAUAACAGUCCACCACACACCGGUGCCAUCCACGACGGUGCCCAGGGAAGCCCGGAGGUUGAUUAUCAGACAUCGACAACCAUCCAGGGACAUUGGGAUGGCUUCUUCGACAGGGAAUCGGGAAUACGAUUUUACCAGUAUGCCUUCGGUGACCAUUGUCGAGAUGCCGGCAUCUUCUCGAUUAAUUAUGACGACAGUGAUGUUACGCAAACACCUGGCCAGACGUCCAACACAUGGACAGCCCCGGGAGACGGUACCUACUACCUUACAGUAGUUGCCUUCAAUGAAGCCUUGGAAAGGUCUCAGCCAGUUUGUAGCGAUGGCGUCAUGAUUGACAAUUCGGCCCCAUUCAUCAAGGAAAUAGCUAUCGAUAAUCUCAAAAUGAAGGAAGGUCUUAUAAAAAAUUCUGCAGGGGAAGUUUGGGUGGUCAGGACAGAUGGACAUAUAUUCCCGAUUGAUAGUCCGAGCUCCGCCUGCAGUGGGAAAGCAACAACUGCGGCUAACUUUGACCUGUAUCCUUUAUGGAGGUUCGACAACGGCACCAUUCGAGAAACUGGCAACACCUCAUGGUGUGAAUCAGAUUCCGCUGUUGGUCUUGGAUCAGGUUACAACUCGUAUCUUAUUGAGGACAAUUACAUGUCAAUCAACUGGACAGGUGGGGAUGGCGAGAGUGGCAUCAGAGAGUACUAUUUUGGAAUCGGUAGCACUGGCUGCAGCGCUCCGGAUAUUCUCGGCUGGCAGCAGUCAAAGAAGGGAGGCCGGUUCUUCCAGUAUCACACCGGACUAUCUGCGGGGACCACGGUCUAUGCUUGUGUCAAGGUGAUAAACCAAGCAGGAGUUGACACUGUACAGUCUUGGGGACCCAUGAUUGUUGAGGUGACUGCACCAAGUAUAUCUGGGUCUGCACCAACUACGACCUUAGAGAAUGGAUACCUCGUCACGACAUGGACAAGUUCAGUGUUCACUGACUCUCAGGACAAUGAAGCACUUAUUAUUGAAGUGGCAUACGGUGAAAAUGAGGCCGGUAAAAAUGCUAAUCUAUUAGACUGGGCCCCAGUACGAUCUGGCGGGAGCUGUACUGUCGAGCCGUCAACUACUUCCACAUGUACGGCCGUGGCCGUGACUGAACUCAAGUGGUCUCUUCAUGGACUCCGAUCAUAUGUUCCAAGUAUAAGGGCAACUAAUUUCGCUGGUUAUUCCGCCGAGGUGAAGGGAGCUGCGUAUGUGCAUGAUGCCGAGCCUCCGAAUGAAGGCAUCGUGAUUGAGAUUACUCCAGCUUCCGAUGUCACCGAAAGGAAUAUUGUCUUCGGGAAAGCCGAUGAUAUAGACCAUCAAACAACUAAGAAUCAGCUGAUAAUAGAAUACUGGGGUUUCGAAAGACCAAAUGCACCAACUACCUACCAAGUUGCCGUGGGCACGACACCCGGCGCGGUUAACACUCUCAACUGGCAAUCAACAACCACACAGAGACAGGCACUGGUUGUUUCCUUGCAGGAUUUUACGACUUAUUACGUCAGCAUUAAGGCAACCAACGACUACGGAGAAAUCACUGUGACGUCAGAUGGUGUGAGGGUUAUGUCAACUGGUGCAACUCUCAACGGCAUCACCAUUUUAGAUGGCCUCUUCUGUGUUUCUCCAACCGCGUCAGUUGACCUUUCCAACCAUGACCAGGACAACCGCCUCGCCUGUGUUGAUGACAUCGAGUUUCAGGCGUCACGCACUGUGGUUGCCGCUCACUGGGCCAUCCCACUCAGCCUUGCUCCUUAUAUCAGUACCACCUGGUGGAAGAUUAUGGAAAUGGAAGAUGUAGUCGACAUAACCUCAUGGCGUGAGUUCCGCGUGUCGGAAGAGAUUGGCCUGACGUAUGAGAUUUCUGACGCUGAGGUAUAUAUGACCCCAGGCCGUCGAUACAAGGUGGAGGUGACAUUUUGCUACGACCAGAUCUGCUUCGCUUCGCUGCAGAGUAACGGCUUCCAUCUGAUAUCAAGCCCACCGACCGCUGGCUUAAUUACUGUCGAGUAUCAGGAACCACAGACGUUGGUUGUUUCGUUCGAGAAGAUGUUUGACCCUGACGUGCCAGCGAACUAUCGUGAUGUGGCCGAGACAAUGAUGAACUACUAUGAUUGGUCACUUUCGGCGGGUGGCCAUGACGGUCGACUAAUCCACCAAUGGGAACAGCUUGGUUCAGUCGAUGAACACAAUGUUACCUGGGACCAGUUCACGGUGACAUUAAACAAUCCACUAUCGUUUACGGAGUGUGUGCUGGUAGCUGUGAGAGGUUGGAACAAGGUCAACAUGUUCACCAGUAUAUCAGCAGAAGUCAAGGACUGUGACGCAUUUGAUCCUAUUCUCAUCAAUCCAAAAAUGGUCAUCGACGCAGUGGGAACACAGAAGCUUGACGAAGACACUGAUGAGCCGAUCCACCAAAACGGCGCCCCUAUCUGGAUGGAGCAGAAUGCCCAUUGGGAAGUGGAGGACCAGGACUACUCGCCGUGGACCAAUAUUCUGUCCGCAGUAUGGCCAACACUCAGGCACAGGAACUACACCUACGCCGUCAUAAUGGACAGUUCUCUCAAUGCAUACACCCACUAUAUUCGGCCUGAUGCCAUGAGUUACCCAGAUCCGUGCUCACUUCCAACUGCCAUUGCAUGUGGUGAAACAAGUAAUGAAUAUGUGAACGUGGAGUUCCCAGCUGGUACCUUGAUCCACGGUAGACGUUACUACAUCUGUAUCCACGCCAAAGCAGUUAACAUCGAAUUUGAAAAGUGGACUCAAAUCAUUCCCGAAGCGUAUAACUGCUCUGAUGGUGUCACUGUUGAUCUAACUGCGCCAACCGAAGGAGACGUCUGGAUUGGAUUCGAUAAGGGAGCAGCAUUCACGACGAGCAUCUCUGAAAUGUACGUCAACUGGGACACAUUUGUUGAUGUAGAGGAACACAACAAGGCUCCUCACCACGCCGGGAUUGCAUUUUACGAAUAUGCCAUCGGUACCACACCCAAAGGUAUCGAUAUACAGGACUUUACCAAUGAAGGUCUCAGCAAUCAUGGACGGGCUCAUGGCAUCUCUCUACAGAAUGGCUAUACCUACUAUGCCAGUGUUAGAGCUACUGAUUUCGUUGGCCUUGAGACGGUUGUGACAUCCGAUGGCAUUACGGUAGACACCACACCUCCACUGAAAUCUGACGCCAAGAUUGAUAUUGGUCACAGGGUGCACACGUCUAAGACAUCUGUGACGGCUAGUUGGAUUGGUUUAUUUAGUGACGCUGAGUCUGGCAUUGCGUACUACAUGUGGGGUAUCGGCUCCCUUCCCGGACAGGUAGAUGUGAUGACCUGGGAGAAGGUUACAUCGGAUACUGUUGUCUCUCCUCCGAACGAUCCACUCUCGCUUAAGGAAGGACUCACAUACUAUGUCUCAGUCAAGGCUUAUAACAAUGCUGGUCUCUACAGCUCUGCCAGUUCGUGGGGGGCUGUCGUUGACAGCUCUUCACCUGUGAUUGGGGUAGUUCAUGAUGGUGGUGAGAUAGACCUUGACUACCAAACCGAUCGCUCUGUCCUCAUUGGCUGGUGGCAAGGCUUUGAAGAUCCCCAUUCGGGCAUGUCCCACUAUAGUUGGAUGAUUGGAACUUGUGAGGGAUGCGAUGACGUGCUUCCAGAACAAUUUGUUGGUCAAGAAACAGAUGCCUCUGCCACGAACCUUGACCUAGUUGCUGGUCACAUCUACUACAUCACCGUGGUAGCUUGCAAUCUGGCAGACAUGUGCGUUCAGAAGUCAUCAGAUGGCAUAAUCACUGAUGACACACCACCAAUUCCUGGAGUCGUCUAUGAUGGUCUGAGCGGCUCCGAUAUGUUGUAUCAGGUUUCAGAGACUAAGAUAGGCUGCAAAUGGUGGGGCUUCAAUGAUCCAGAGUCCGGAAUUGAUCAUUACCAAUGGUGGGCUGGUACAACUUCGGGGGGAGACAACGUAGUUAGUGCCACCUAUGUAGGUCCUACUGGUUUGGCCUUUAAGACAGGAGUCAGUCUGCCCAUUGAUACAAGGAUUUACAUCACCGUCAAAGCUACCAAUCACCUUGGAUUGUCCUCUCAGAGAACAUCCAAUGGAUUUAUCGUCGACAGCACUGCACCUAGCUUCACCAUGAAGCCACGCUUAUUUAAUGAGGCAGGCUCGGGAGCUGCUGAUACCCAGAUCUAUAGAAGUACCUUGAAGGCUGUGUGGCAAUCACAGGAUGCGGAGUCACAUGUUAAGGACCAAUACAUUUCUCUAUAUACACAUCUUAAUGGUGAAUUGACUGCACCUACUGUUCAUAUUCCUGGCACAGCUCGCGACUACACAUUCACCAACGUGUCUCUCUAUGAUGCUGGCAAGUACAUUGUACAUGUCAUCGCCUGUAAUACUGCAAGACGCUGCACAGCUGACGAGAGCUUGGAAAUCAUGGUAGAUGCCACCCCACCUUCACGAGGCAAUUGGGCCAUUGAAACAAUGCACGCUGCCCGUCUGACAAGGCAUCAGGACGGCUGGAUGAGGUGGACAUCAAACAACCUUAAACUCUCCUGGCUCGGAUUUACUGACCUCCACAGCGGUGUGGUUAGUUAUAUGAUUUCCGUUGGAAGGGGGCCAUUUGGGACCGAAAUGACUUCGAAUGGUUUCCGAACCAUAUCCCAUGCUAAUACAGGUGUUGACAAGGCCGACGAAGGAAAGGUCCAGACUGCUGACGUCAGCCUUUCUCAGACAUUGAAUAGUAAUGACCAAAUUUACAUCACCAUGUAUGCUAUUAACGGGGCAGGAUUAGAAAGUCGGUAUAUCAUGAAUGAGUUCAAGGCAGUGCCCGGUGGCCACUUGAACCUUAUGCGAAGAUGCACUGCACAAAGUUGUGAGGGAGAUUGCGUGUGCGCAGUGGAGGACCAGCGAUGUGCAGAUCGAUUGGGUUCAUGCGUUGACCAAUCGGCAGGUACUUCGAACACCGAAUACGAUGUGUUGGAUGUCCUGGAUUUCAAUUGGAAUGGAAAUCAAAUCGACGUUGAUUACACCCCAUCUAAAUGUACCCUGAUUGGACGAUGGAAUGUAAAGACUGCCAAAGGAAAGGCUGCUAUUAGAUUUGAAUGGAGUGCUGGCUAUUAUGAUGAACCAGAACCAGCGGGCAUCUUUGAUAUCGCCACAGAGGUCGUCUGGCAUAAUGUUGGCAUGUCCACUCAUGCUAUUCUGGCACUUCCAAGGACAAAGACACUCGAUAUCCAUACGAAAUAUAAGUUUUUUGUGCGGGCCUGGUACUCAUCCACAGAGUAUGCACAGUUCACAUCAGAUGGCGUCAUCCCUGAUGUCAUGCCGCCCGAGAUCACGACUAUCAGAGGUGCACAGGUGAAGGAUCUCAUUGAUAUCAGUCACGACUGGGACGUUGACUUCACAUCGCAAGGAGAUUCUCUUGCUGUCACAUGGAAAAACAGAUUCCGGGAUUUCAGUGACGCUCUUAGUUUCUUCAAUGUGUCCAUCAGUUCCUAUCCUGGAGGCGAGGAUAUAAAGGCUUUUGCCCAGGUUAAUGGUGGAGUAGGCGCUGAGAGAGUGACAGUUACAGGCCUUGCCAUGAACCAAGGAGACAAGUACUAUAGUAAUGUAGUCGCAUAUAAUCAAGCUGGUCUCCACAGCACAGAGCAUUCUGAUGGUGUUGUUAUAGAUACGACUGUGCCUUUGAAGGGCUACAUUGAAGAUGGUCUUGGACUACACGAUCUAGAGUACACUAGUGAUGCUGCUAUCGUAUCUGGCAAGUGGCAUGGCUUCACUGACACCGAAUCGUUUAUUGACCGGUACAGUUUCUGUGCCGGUUCAACUGAUGGGCCAACCGAUUGCGGUCUAGCUGCAUGGCAGGACGUAGGUUUGAAGACGGCAUAUUUUGUCCAUCUCCAGGCACCGAUAGCGACAGGUGGAAAAUAUUACACCAAGGUCAAGGCUGUAGAUGCUGCAGGACUCUGGUCAGAUGUAGCAGUUUCAGAUGGAGUCACAGUCGAUACCACUUCACCGAUCUCACUUAAGAAAUUCUCAUUUGGCAACAAUUUGGUGCAGAAUCCAUCUUUCGAAAGUGCGGGGUCGUCAGCUUUAGACUUACUUAAUUUGGACUUUGAGGACCUGAGUACGCAAUCAAUGACUCCAGCUAAUUGGAUUCUAGAUACGACAGAUACAAAGUGUGCCGUCUUGAGUGGCUCGGACAAUGUGGCACACCAGGGUUCAAAUUUUGCUAUAUUCUAUGGCUCGUUAAAACAAUCUGUCUCCGGUUUAGCUUCCGGUGAGAAGUACAGGCUAAGAUUCUACACGAGUCAUAUCUUCCCGACCCACACUCCGUUGCUGACAUUGGAAGGGCGUAUCGAAAUUCCCGGAUACAACCAUGUUUUCAAGCUACACAAUCGUAUAUCGCGUCAUGACAGCACCGUGGAGAACAGCAUGGAGUCGCUCAUCUGGCAGGAACAUACAUACUACUUCCAUGCCACUGGAAGCAGUGAGGAUAUCAGGAUAUCUACCAUUGGGUAUAGAAAUGGCAUGGCUUUAGAUAUGGUGUCUGUGGAACUCAUGUCUAUUGGAGAUAGGACACCUCACCCUAUUGCUAACCCUUGGAGUGCACUGCAGACUCCCAUCCACGUGCACACGGUCUUGAUUAGUGACUGGACAUCGGUUCAUGCUGCAUGGGACUUCAUUGAUGUCGAGUCGCCAAUUGUGGAUUACACCUGGGCCGUUGGUACGGUCAGAGGAGGCACCCAACUUCAAGGCUACAAAUCCACUGGGAGAAUUAACUUUGGGGAGAAUGUGGAUCUCCGUCUUGAUCACAACUCGUAUGUUUAUGUGACAGUUGUGGCAACAAAUGCAGCUGGUCUCCACACCAUGGUCUACUCCGACGCCAUUCUAGUUGACUUGAAACCGCCAGUUAUCGACUUUGUCUACGACUCGGAGAUGGGUGACGAUAUUGAUCUCCAAGUCGAUCCAAAUGUUGGGGGCAAUUGGAACGUCAGUGAUGUUGAGUCAUUGGUCCACUAUUGCGAAUACUGCAUUGGGUUCAACCCAGGUUCAUCUGAGGUCAUGACAUGGACGAAACUUGCUCACGGCGUGAAUAACUUUGUUGAGAACAUGGAUACGGCUUUAGUUGGAGGGAGAAAGAUCUUCACAACGGUCAAGUGUUAUAACUUUGCUGGAUUCUCUAGCAUGAUGUCCUCCAAUGGAAUUAUAGUUGUGGUCAGCCCACCUAAUGUUGAUAAUGCUGAGUGUCAUGUGGUGCAGACGUCACCCACACCGUUCCCAACCAGGGAUCUAUAUCAGAGCAGGACGGACAACGUGCAACUUGUCUGGACGGGAUUCGUGGAUCCAGUAGGAAUCGACUUUUAUCAGAUCCAAUUGACAGGUGAAGGUAUCUGGAAGCCAGUCUGGUAUAGAGUGGCGGAGAAUGCACAGAACUAUCUAAACAUCAGUAAUAUGAACCUAAAGACAGGUCGAGAGUAUACCUUGCAUGUAAGGGGCGUCAAUGCCAUGGCUAUGGCCAGCGAUUCUAUAUCGACAUCUUUCAUGGUUGAGACUGAGACGCCAACAGUAACUUUGACUGCCGGGAAUGAUACUGGUCUCCACGAAACUUGGGUCAUGAAGGAUGUAAAAUUCCAGUUCCAGUGGGAUGGAAUUUUCGGCAGUUCUACAGAAUUGGUUUACGAAGUGACUGUGGGAUCAACCGAGGGCGGAAGUGACAUCAUCCAGUGGCAGGAGACAAAGGGAACAACGAUGUUGGUCAAGGUGGACGAUGUGCUCAACUCGAAACUUGAAGCAUAUUAUGUCACUGUCACCGCGAUUAAUCCGUCCGGUCUGUUCCGUACAGUCAAUUUCAUCAUAGACCCUGCUGGAAUGUCCUAAUUACUGCAAAACAUUAAAGCUUCUUUUGUAAUAUUGCUAAUUACCUGAAAACAAUUAUGAAUCGCUAGGUGGUGCAAUAGGUUUGUUCCCAAUCUUGUGAAUUUGGGCAAUCUGAAAUGACAGCAAAGUGAGCGACCGCCCGGUUUGAACCUACACGUUGUCAGUUAUGAGUAAAUCUGGGGUCGGCAUUUGAUAUUUGUUUGUUAUUGAAGAUAAUGUGCUCAUGUGACAUGGGAGUGUUAGUAGAAAUAAACUGGGUAAGAAGGAAGGUACUCUCCGUCACUUCAGAAGUAAAUGAGACAACCAUGAGUGACCCCUAGCAUACCACGAUCUGUUACACGGACUGACGUUAUGCAAUCCCGGUCGUUGUGAAGUUAUUUUAAGUGGCAUUCAUGCUCUUUGGCAUUUCCAGGAAAAAAUUGUCAUCGGACACCACUUUUAUUUCUUUAACCUCUCUCUUGCUAAAGGUCUGACUUUCACCUAGGAUCAAGAUCAACAUUAUGACGAGGUUUUUUUUAGAUAAAACUGAAAAGUGACGCACAGAACAGGGGUCGUUUUAAAAAUCAGCCGACGAGCACCGUUCCACUUAAAACACGGAGCGACAGGACUGGGUAUUGAUGUGAAUGUACAUUAACUACUGGUAUUUUUUUCUAUAUGUGAAUAUUUUUCAAUUACAGUCAUGAUUGAUUCAUACAAUCAAUGUCGGAGGGUAUCCCAGUGAUCGCAGCGAUUGAUAUGUACACUUGUACAUUCUGUUGUUUCUGGUGACAAGAUAGCUUAUAACUUAUUGCAGGUUGCAAAUUCAGGCCGACUAAACAUGUGUUUUUUCAUUCUUUCUUUUGUGAUUGAUAUCAUUGUAUGCUGUUUUGAUUAGCAAUAUCUGUGAUAAAAAAUG